CGAGCCCAGCGGAGCCGCUCGCCCCCGGGGAGCGCGGCCCGCCCCGCCGCUCCGCUCCAGUCCCCGCCGGGCCGGGGGGGCCGGGCAGCCCCCUCCUCGGCGGGCGCAGCCGAGCUGUCAGCGCCCGCGGCGCGGCGUUGCCUGCCGGCCGGCCCGAAGCGGUGAGAGAGGCUCGGCCAUGGAGACCCUCGUACGGCCCGGGGCCAGCAAGCCUCCCAGCGGGAGAAGAAUGAAAGCUCGUGCUCCUCCUCCACCAAAUCAGCCUUCUGCAGCAAGUAGAACUCACAGUGAGCCCAAGUCACCUGCAGAGACAGCUGUGAUUUCUGAUCAGAACCUUGUGAGCAUGAAGGAGAACAUGAUAAACAGAUCGGUGGACUUCACAGUCAUUUUACCCAGCGGGGUGGAGCAGAAGAGCACUGUACAAGGAAGUAAAGCUGUGAUGGAUCUAUUGGUUGAUUUGUGCAGCCAGUAUCACUUAAAUCCAUCCCAACACAAUCUUGAAUUGAAGUCUGCGGGAACUCAACAACCUCUGAGUUACAAGCCAAACACUUUGAUAGGAGCACUGGACGUACAGACAGUUCUUUUGAAAGAGAAGGUUCCUGAAGAGAAGACAAAGCGACCUCUGCCAAGGGUUCCUGAGAAGUCUGUGAGGCUGGUAGUGAACUACCUGAAGACGCAGAAGGCUGUGGUUCGAGUUAGUCCAGAGGUGCCUCUCCAGAGCAUCAUCCCAGCUAUCUGUGAGAAGUGUGAAGUCAGUCAAGAGCACAUUGUUCUUCUGCGAGAUGGCAUCACUGGGGAGGAGCUGGAGCUCACCAAGUCCUUGGAGGAGCUGGGGAUAAAGGAGCUGUAUGCCUGGGACAGAAAAAGAGUUCCUCCAUCAAAAACUCAGUCUGAACCUUCUCUGAACUAUAGAGAACCAAGUCCAAAGGCUUCUGUAAGCAAUGAUGCAAUAGAAAAAGAAAAGACAAGACUUUUGGGAUUGUUUAAAGCUGAUAGAAGAAGCAGCAAGACAGAAGAACACUUGAGGAUGAACAGAGAUUAUUGUGAGGAGGAUGUUUUUAGUUCUGCAUCUACAAGUGAAGGAAGCUUGGAUGGUUUUUCCACAGCACCAAAUUCCCCUUCGGUGAAUUCUCGUACCAGUAGCCUGGGUCCAUCCCUGUCCCUCGGUAACAUCUCAGGAAUGACAGCAAACCCAGAAGUGAAAAAGCGCAGAGCACCUCCUCCACCAGUUGUGACACCUGCGUUGCAGAAUGUGGAGAUGGGUGGACGAGAAAAGACGGCAGCACAGAUUUCACAAGGAGCAUCCUCGAAUGAUUUACAGAAAAAAAAGAGGCGUGCUCCUCUUCCACCAGCGGCAUCUGCUCCACCCACUCCUGCCAUGCCAAACAGGACAGAAGAAAGGGAAGACAAGAGGAAGAGCACAAUAGAGAGCCUGCUGCCUGCACAUAAUGUUUAUGUAGUGGAUGACGCAGUGCUGGAGCUAUCAGAGGUGGAAGAAACGGCAUCAGAAAGCAGCUGUUUUGCAUCUGAGGACACCACAGAAGACUCGGGUGUUGUGAGCUCUCCGUCUGACAUUGUGUCUUUGGAUUCACAAAAUGACUGUAUGAAGUUGAGAGACAUCAAGCUUGUCAAUGGCUACAUGGACCCAGCUGAGGCGGAUGCGAUGUAUGGCACGGAGACGUGCCCUCUAAGGAACACCUACUGCAACAGUGUGGGAUCAGACAGUGCUCCACAGAGCAGGAGAGAUGAAGAAAUGUCUUCGGCUAAGCAUGAGAAUGAGGAUAUAUUCAUUGCUGCACAACUCCAGCAGACACUGGCUGGCCUGGGUAAAGAUUUAGAAGCAAUGAAUGGUGUAAGUAACUCUGACUCUGAGUACCUCAAUGAAGUGUUGACCUCGCGUAUAAGAAAAGCUAAGGCUGCCCAAGAUGUUACCAUUUCUGUUCCAGUAACAGUCAUAGAUGAUAUUCCAGAAGUUAGCUUCUCUGACUCAGCUGGAAAUCAAGAGACAGAGACAAGAGUUUCACCCAAUAUCUCAGCUGGCUCUGUUAAUAAAGGAAACUUUACGAAUAAAAACAACAACGCAGGUUCCUUUGAUAAGGGACACACAGAUGGUGGAGUUGUACGCAUAUGCAGGGACCUAAUAUAUCAGCAACUAUCUGAAAGUGAAUUCAGUCACUUGCCUGUGGAACAGAGAAGAGAUAUGUUUGAAUCUCUCACAUCUUCCUUUGAAAGAAGAAAUGAAAAGAACUUAAGACUGGACACCCCCCCCAAAUACGGUGUGAAGUCUGAGGAGUAUAAAUCUAGGCUGACUCCAUCUCACUCCAAGGCCACAGCUGAAAUCAGUACAACAAAAGAGAAGAUAAAUACAUUUAAUGAAUGUAGUAACAGGGAAAGAUCUCUGAAAAAAAGUAAAUCAGAAUUAGAAAUCAAAUGGCCACCAGCAAAGAAAAUUGAAGCAGAAGAAGUCCCAUCAACACCCACAUGGUGUCAUCGUGCCCAGAAUUCAGGAACAAACUACGAACCUAAAAUGGGUUUGACAACCUUUAAAGUUGUCCCUCCCAAACCUGAAGUAAAACGUUUUGAUAGAGGAGUUUCACUCUCCACUGGUGCCAUUAAGAUAGAUGAGCUAGGCAACCUUAUAGGCCCAAACACUAGUGUCAGUAAGCAUCUACCAGGUACGUUUACUGAUGAAAGUGAGGCAAUUCGUCUUGGGAAAGUGAAGGCAUUCUGGAGGUCAAAUUCUAUGGAAAAGCAAAGUGAUGACUCUGCUGAGCACCUUCCUAAAAAGUCAGCAGUGACCACAAACUCUAAGCCCUUUACUAUAAAACAUGAACACAAACCUGCCUGUCUUGCAGCUCCAAAACCAGUAGCACCACAGACUGUUGCUUCUCAGGUAGCUGAAAGACAGUCUGAGAAUGAAAGGACCAAACCACCUCUUCCAGUUACACAGUCUCAGGUAACACCAUUAGUGGCCCCGAGCGUUAAUAAGGACAAGCUGGAGCUUCCAUUUGUAAAGCCACAGAGGAGAACUUCAAGUCAGUAUGUUGCCUCUGCCAUUGCAAGACACAUCAACAUAAGUACCUUUAAGAUUGACUCUACAGAAUAUCAUGAGAAAGAUGAAUAUAAGCAAGGGACAGGAGAGGUUAAAACUGAAGCAGAAGUUUCACCAAGAAGAUGCAUUAUUGUGGCCAAAUGUAGCCCUGUGGAAACAGAGUCAGCAGAAACAAGAGAAACACUUUCAAGUAUUUUUUCUUGCAAUCAAAAAGCAUCCCACAGAUUUAUACCUAGUGAUAAUUCUGGCAUGGAAAACAAAGUAGUUAACAUUAGGGCACCAAAUCAAGCAACUCCUCUGAGUUUCUAUAAAAAGAAUGCCAGUGUCCCACUUACUAAAUCUUCCUCAAAGGAUAACAACGGUGCAGAAGAUGAUCAUGGUUUAAGCAGCAAACAAAGUAUAGCAGAGAGAAGGAUGCAUCUUCUGUUUGACCAGAAAUGUGAGACUUUGACCCAUACUAAUUCAGCCUCAUCUCUCAAGUCUCCUGAUCUCCAGGGAGUCCCAUCCUCUUUCAGCUCAUCUUUGCGAGUCAGUAAAUGGCCUCCUGCCAACAGCGUACAAGUCAGUUCGCUUAAAGCUUCGCCCGAGCUAAAUGGUGCAGCAGCAAAUGCAGAGUUAGAACAGGAGGAGAAACCUGAUGAUUCAGAUAUUAAUGUUAUCAGUGAACUGGAUGUUAUUAUGCAGACCAAUAUCUUUGGACCAAAGAAGAAGUUCAAACCUGUUGUCCAAAAACCAAUUCCAAAAGACACAUCGCUGCACAGUGCCCUAAUGGAAGCCAUACAAACAGGAGGGGGAAAGGAGAAACUCAGAAAGGUUUCAGACAGUGCACUAAAUGUGCACAGGAAACCCUCAUAUGCUGAGCCACAGAAUGAGCGCUCAGCCCUACUAGCAGCAAUUAGAGGCCACAGUGGCACCUCAAAGCUAAAAAAGAUCUCCUCAUUGGCCUCCAAAGAGCUGCAGAGUUUUAGGAAUGCAGAACUGUCCUUGCGGAAGGCAGAAGACCCUCAGGAAGAGCAGCUUUGUAUCCCACCCGCCCCUCCCCAGCCACCACCACCACCACGUCCCACUCGGCUGGCAACAGCAGCUCCUAAAUCCUCUGCCAUGGCUGCAGGUAACCCUGGGGAGGCAAGGCAAGCCCUAAUGGAGGCCAUUCGCUCUGGUGCUGGAGCAGCAAAGUUAAGAAAGGUCCCUCUGCUCGUUUGAAUCAUGUAUAAAGAACAGGUAAUUGGAAAAUCUAACCCCAUAGGCACCCAUAAUCAUCAUUCAAGGUCUGAAGUGGCAAAAAACAUCAAGAAGUUUAGUUUAUUCUCUUGUCUACAAGCCAAAAUAAGUUGUAGUUAAUUUUCUGUGUGUUCCUGCAUAAUGGUUCUAAGGGGAAAAUAUGUUGCUCUGCUGUAAAGCUUCUGUGCCAAGGAAUUGUGUUUUGCCUCUGAAUAUUUAAGGUUGCCAAUAAACUAUUCUUGUUGGCAGGUUAAUAAGAAUUUAAACACUGUGCAGUCCUGUGUUAAUACUUAAUUGUGUUUAUGGGCAAAAUUAAAAGACUUUGCUAGCUAUCUGAAAAGUAAUACUCAUUUCAAGUUGUUAAAAAUAUGUAACUAUUUCAAACUAUUUACUUGCUUCUUAUUUGAUUUGGAAAAGGGCUGUGAUUAGGGUGAAAACCAUAAUAAAGAUCUAUAAAAAACAAACACAAGAAAAAAAAAUAUGGUACAUUAUGUAGGACCUAAAUUGUCAUAUGCUGGAGUCACUGGUUUUUAAAUUUAGAUGAACUUGAUACCUCUGGUGGAGCUCUAAGAAAGCAAGCAAUCAAUAAUGAAUGUGAGACAGUGUCUACCGAAAAGUUACUUAUGGGAUAUGACGUAUAGAGUGCUAAUAUGCAAAGAUAUGCUGAACCCUGGUAACAUUCAUGGCACUUUAAAAAUAUUGAGACACCUUAAAGGGUCUCUUAUUUGCAACUGUCUGUGAAGGUUAUAAAUAAGAUUCAGAGUACUGCAUAGAGGUCCAAGAUUUAGAAUUCAUUCCUGCACUGCAAAAUGAAGUGAAGCUGGUUUAUAUCAAGAACCAGGACUUGUGUUGUGUCUUGUUCGGGUCAUGCGUAAGUUGGCCCUUUGUUUCCAAUUCAUAUGGCUGUUGUAUGUUGUCUCACAAGUAUUUAUAGCAGCAUCUUUUUCAAAUGUUAACUACUUUGGUAAUUGUUGUUGUACAUAUUUUGAAAAUAUUUCAUUAAAUUGAUUAACUUAAAAAGGACAAUUGAAAAUGCUUUUUCACAUUUCCUGUAUUGUAAUGAAACUGAAGAAGAGGAAGUUUGUAUUUACAUUUUUAUAAUCACAGACUGGAGCGAUGGCAGAUUCUUUUUUUUGGGGAGCUGAAGUUUAAAAUGUAUAGCUAUGUAAUGUUGAAAGCACGAGAAUAUUUAGCCAUCUGCAUUUAAUGUGACUGUAUAUUAUAUAUUGUAAAAUAUUGAUGUCUGUUAGUGCCACAAAUAAAAACAAAAUCAAAACCUGA